AUGACGCUUAUCCACAACCAGUCAGAAGGAUGCCUCACGAUCUUCUCUAAUUUCCCUGAUAUAAAUCAAACUCUUCUUCUUCCUCUCUCUCUCUCAGCUUGGCAUUAUGUUGGUGUGGUGGGAGGAUUUGCCUUCAUCCUCAUCCAACUCAUCCUUAUCAAAGCUUUUGCACACACCUGGAACAAGAACUGGUUGACUGGAGCAGCAGAGAACAAGCGUUGGUAUCUGGCGGUGACAUGUGCCACGCUCUUCUUCUACACAAUCACCACCAUGGCCUUCACUUUCAUGUACAAGUACUACACGCACCCCAUCGCCUGCCAACUCAACAAGGCCCUGCUGUGGAUCAACCUGGGGCUCUGCGGCCUCAUGUCCUUCAUAGGCACGCCGUGCGUCAAGCAGAAACAGCCUCGAUCAGGACUCCUUCAAGCCUCCAUCAUCAGCUGUUACGUCAUGUACCUUACUUUCUCUGCGCUGUCCAGCCGCCCGCAAGAGCAAAUUGUGUAUCAGGGCAUGAACAUGACCGUCUAACCCCUAACCCAAGAAGGCAUCCAGAAGGAAGGCAACGCCAAGGCAAUCAUCGGGGCCGUCAUCAUGUACUGCUGUGUGCUCUUUGCAUGUAAUGAAGCUUCGUACCUGGCCGAGAUGUUUGGUCCAUUUUGGAUGAUCAAAGUUUACCGUUAUGAGUUUCAGAAAGCGACCUGCUGCUUCUGCUGCCCUGAGGAGGAGGAAGUGGAUGAGGAGUUCGCGAUUGAUGACGAGCACAAAGGCUGUCAGAAGGUCAUUCAUAAUGAGACGCAGAGAGUGGCUUACAGCUACUUCUUCUUUCAUUUUGUCUUCUUCCUGGCCUCGCUCUACGUCAUGAUGACCCUUACUAACUGGUUCAGCUACGAGUCAGUCGUGUUGGAGACCACGUUCACCCAAGGCAGCUGGUCCACCUUCUGGGUGAAGAUGUCAUCCUGUUAGGCCUGCGUCAUCCUCUACCUGUGGCUCCUGCUGGGUCCUCUGUGCAGAUGUCAGACUGAAUCCAGACCUCGACGCUCACACAUCAAACGACGCUCAGCAUCCUCCCGCCACGUCUCCGUCAGCAUCUGA